AGUAAUAAAAUAAUAUUAAAUUAGGCAAUGUAGUAAGAAUAAUCAAGUCAUUUAACAAUAAAUCACUUCUAAUUGAUAAAAGUUAUAGGAAAAGGAUCUUAUGCAAAAGUGCUUUUAGUAAGAAAGAAUGACACAGGAAAACUUUAUGCUAUCAAGGCCUUAAAGAAGAAGUAUAUUCAAUAAAAGAGAUAGGAGGUAUGGAAUUAGAUUAAAUUAUAUAGGAACAUAUAAUGGUGGAGCGAAAUGUUCUGGUUUCUGCAAAUCAUCAAUUUAUUAUUAAAUUGGCAUUUUCAUUUUAAAAUGAGAGAAAACUAUACUUUGUUUUAGAAUAUUGUCCAGGUGGAGAGUUAUUCAAUUUAUUGUAGAAGAAAAAGAAACUGACAGAAGACUAGUAAGAACAUUGAUAUUAUUUAAAGAUGCCGAUUCUACGUCUGUUAAAUGAUAUUGGCUAUUGAAUAUUUGCAUGAAAAUAAUAUUAUAUAUAGAGAGUAAGUGAUGAAUUAUAAAUUAUAGUUUGAAACCAGAGAAUGUGAUAUUAGAUGCAGAAGGCUAUAUAAGAAUUACAGAUUUUGGAUUGUCCAAAAAGAAUGUCAAAUAAGAUAAGGAUGCAUUUUCUGUAUGUGGAACACCUGAAUACUUGGCUCCUGAGAUAUUGAUGAAAUAAGGACAUGGAAAACCAGUAGACUGGUGGACAUUGGGUUGCAUUAUCUUUGAAAUGAUAACAGGAAUGCCCCCUUAUUAUUCAAAUUAAAGAGGAGAGUUAUUCGAAUAGAUAAAGUUUUAAUUUCCAAAAUACCCAAAUAAUUUGAGUCCUGUUUUGAAAAAUUUACUAGAGGGUUUAUUCUAGAAACAACCAGAAAGUAUAUAAUUAGUAGAAAUACUUAGAGCGAUUGGGUUAUAAUGGAGCAAUAGAAAUAAAAUCACAUCCUUGGUUUGAGAAGGUCAACUGGGAUUACAUAUUACAAAAGAAGGUGGAAGCACCAUUUAAACCAAAGUUAACUAGUGAGGAAGACACUUCUCAUUUUGAUUCAGUAAUUAAUUGAAAAAUUCAAUAAAAUAGGAAUUCACAGAGUGUACCAUUGCUUCUUUUGAUACUGCAAGCUCAGAGGGUAGAAUUUAUUACGAUUUUUCAUAUGGUGGUAGCAUGAUUAAGGAGUGAA